AUGCGGAUCUUUGUUAAUGAUGACCGGCACGUGAUGGCCAAGCACUCGGCCGUGUACCCGACGCAGGAGGAGCUGGAGGCGGUGCAGAACAUGGUAUCCCACACGGAGCGGGCGCUCAAAGCCGUCUCCGACUGGAUCGAUGAGCAGGAGAAAGUGAGCGGGGAGCAGCCCGAGCCGGAGGCCAUGGAGACGGCGGCCGAGGAGGAGAACAAGGAAGGGGGGGACCAGAAAGCCACGGAGCAGCUGACCAGGACCCUGCGGGGGGUGAUGCGUGUUGGGCUGGUGGCCAAAGGCCUCUUGCUGAAAGGGGACUUGGAUCUGGAGCUGGUUCUGCUCUGCAAAGAUAAACCCACCACGGAUCUCCUGGAGAAAGUAGCUGACAACCUCGGAGUCCAGCUUGCUUCUCCCGUGGUCAGGGAGGAGCUGGAGAAGCAGCUCGCCGGAGAAACGCUAUCAGUCACCGACUCCCCGGACGUUCUGGACAGGCAGAAAUGCCUUGCUGCCUUGGCGUCACUGCGGCACGCCAAGUGGUUCCAGGCCAGGGCGAACGGGCUCAAGUCGUGUGUCAUCGUGAUCCGAGUGCUGCGAGACCUGUGCACGCGGGUUCCUACCUGGGCUCCGCUCAGGGGAUGGCCUCUGGAGCUGCUGUGUGAGAAAUCCAUUGGCACUGCCAACAGGCCGAUGGGCGCCGGCGAGGCCCUGCGGAGGGUUCUGGAAUGCCUCGCCUCGGGAAUCGUCAUGCCAGAUGGUUCUGGUAUUUAUGAUCCUUGUGAAAAAGAAGCCACUGAUGCUAUUGGGCAUCUAGACAGACAACAAAGGGAAGAUAUCACACAGAGUGCUCAGCACGCUUUGAGACUUGCUGCUUUUGGCCAACUGCACAAAGUCUUGGGGAUGGACCCUCUCCCUUCCAAAAUGCCCAAGAAACCAAAGAAUGAGAACCCCAUUGACUACACUGUCCAGAUUCCUCCCAGCACCACGUACGCUGUGACCCCACUGAAGCGCCCGAUGGAGGAGGAUGGAGAGGAGAAAUCUCCCAGCAAAAAGAAAAAGAAGAUUCAGAAAAAAGAGGAGAAGCUGGAACCUCCGCAGGCCAUGAACGCGCUGAUGAAACUAAACCAGCUCAAGCCCGGCCUCCAGUACAAACUGGUCUCUCAGACUGGUCCUGUUCACGCUCCAAUCUUUACGAUGUCCGUGGAAAUCGAUGGCAGCACCUUUGAGGCAUCAGGGCCUUCCAAAAAGACAGCCAAGCUGCACGUGGCCGUGAAGGUAUUGCAAGACAUGGGCCUUCCCACCGGCGUGGAAGGCAAAGAGGCUGGGAAGGGAGACGAGUCGGCUGAAGAGAGCGAACAGAAACCGGUUGUUGUUGCUCCUCCUCCUGUUGUAGAAACAGUCUCGACACCCGCGGCCGCGUCUCCUCCGUCGGAUCAGACCCCAGAGAAUGUGAAGCAGCAGGGACCAAUCCUGACCAAGCACGGCAAGAACCCAGUGAUGGAGCUCAACGAGAAGCGGCGCGGGCUGAAGUACGAGCUGAUCUCGGAAACGGGUGGCAGCCACGACAAGCGCUUCGUCAUGGAGGUGGAGGUGGAUGGGCAGAAGUUCCAAGGAGCUGGUUCCAAUAAGAAGGUGGCGAAAGCUUACGCCGCGCUGGCUGCGCUGGAGAAGUUGUUCCCCGAUGCUCCUGUGGCCAUUGAGCAGAACAAGAAGAAAAGAGCCCCCGUGCCCACGAGAGGGGGGCCCAAGUUCGCCGUGAAGCAGCACAACCCCGGGUUCGGAAUGGGAGGCCCCAUGCACAACGAGGUGCCGCCACCACCCAACAUGCGCGGCCGUGGGCGAGGUGGCAACAUC